UCAAACGGAUCACUACCCGUGAAGACGGGCCAUGCAGAUAAAACGUAAAGUACACAGAACCUUUGGAUCAUAUUGCUAGUUUUCUCUUAGACUUUGAUAUAUAGAAUGGAUGUAAAUGGACUGGAAGACAAACUGAAAGAAUAUUUUGCUGUCUCUGCACAUCCUCAUGAUAAUAACGAACUGUUUACAAUCGUCGGGAAACUUCUUCCAGGAGAUUAUAAAUAUGGAAAAGUCCGCAAAGAGCUGUCGAAAUUUCAAAAAAGACUUCAGUAUUAUUUCUCCCUAUUCAAGGCGCAAAAAUAUAGACCGGAAAUGACAGUACAUGAGGCGUUCAGAAGAGAUAUGACUGUUCUAGAAGAUGAGCAGUUUCCACCAACUCUGCGCGAGUUAUAUGCGAUAAGUGAGUUUCUUGAGCAAAAGAUCACACUCUUGAAAAUUGCUGCUGGUUGUGAAACAGUUAGUGGAUUUUAUAUAUCACCGCUCCUAAGAGAAACGUCCAAAACCGACAAAAUUAUACUUCUACUCACUUUUAUAGGCGGUGAACCGUACUUCCAGCUUCUUGAGGGAGAUGAACGUAAUCUUGUAAAGUGUCCAGUUACAUUUAUCAAUGAGAACCAUGAUUUGUGUCUUGAUAAGCGAUUCGAAAACUCAUUUCAAGAUCUAGAUGCAACAUUCAUUUUAAAGAAAAUUGAGGGACUGACUACAAGUUCUUUGGAUGAAGCUAUGACGACGAUCACAAUAUCCGAAACAGAUAAAACGAAUAUUUUUGUUGUGCUGAGUCAGCUUGUUUACGGCUUAGAAUGCAUGGAAGACUUCGUCAAGGAUCACGUUAUUACCCAUAUGAAGAGUGAGGAUUUCUGUGAAAUAUACCAAGCUUUUGUUUGUUUAGAUAAAUUCGAAGCAGAAAAGAAGGCAUUGGAAAGGCUGUCUGAAGGCAGAGCAAAAGAUGCAGAACUUGCAGAUUUACGAAGGAGAGCUUUUCAAUUUCAUCUUGAUCAAUGGGAUACUGUCAGCAUCAUGGAUUAUUUUGCAGUUGCAAGUGUAUUCAAUGUUGAAAUUUAUGUUAAGAGAGGAAAGGAAUAUAAUCUAUUCCUUCCUACUUGCAGUAGUUUCUCUAAAAUAUUUUCCUCGCCAAUCUACCUAGAAGAAGCAUCCAACAUUGCGUUGAUUCCUUUAGUGAAUUGCAACAGCUGUUCAUGUGUUUGUCGAAAACCAUUAAUAUCCGGCCGAUUACCAAUUUACCAAGAGAUGGUCGAGGAUUAUGUCAUGAAAAGACUUGCUUUGGAAUCAUGCUGCCCUGUUGGAAGACACGGCACUCAUAAGCACUUCUCUGCAAUUCAAGAUUCUCAAAUUGUCCCCAACGACCAAAUUUCCUCCUAUCAGAGUCCUUUGGAUAGACACGUAGAAAAGGUUAUCGAAGUGUUGGAUACACAAGGAAGAAAACUGGAUCAAAUAAAUGGUGGAAAAGGUUCCGUAGUGCAAUGCAUUAGCAGAGAAAUUUUUGGAGAUGAGAAUAAAGUUUCAUUAUUUGAGUCAAGGUAGUAAACAAGCUGAUUGGUUAUUUAUUUUACAUGUAAAUUCUCAUUCAAUAAUCAGAUUAAAUAAUUAUGAUUUAUCAGAGAGGGAGUGGAUAUCUGUAUUAAUUCUUUACCUAGAGCCUUAAAUGGAUGUCAUAUUCUAAGGCUUGUUGAGUGAAUA